GGGCCACGGAACAGAACGACCGGACGGUGACACUUGGAGCAUAAUUUUAGCACUUUCUGUUGUGUUUUUGGCGUACACGUUGUUCGCCAAAGUCAACAAUGAUGGAAGGUGAGUUAUUUGAGAUCUCUCCAACUGAAAAUGUCCCACUGCGGGAUAACUACCCUUACUAUGGGGAUGGGACGGGUCGCUCUGAACCCAUAACAAUUCGUAACAUCAAGAUCCGUUCGGAUAGUGAUGCCGUAGAUUCAGAUGAUCUUCCCAAGAAGGACACGAUGAGGCGGAGUCCACUAUUCACCCAACCCACAGGCACACUGAAACAUGAUGUGAAGGGGAACGACACAUUGAACAGCAUCGCUCUUCACUUUGAGUCCACUCCCACACAACUGAUGCGAUUGAACCAUCUUAGCAGUCGGAUGCUUUAUCCUGGACAGACACUGUAUGUUCCUGAUCCAGACUCCCCUGAGCCUCCUUGUCUCAGCCCAUCAUCAUCUACAAAGAAAACUUUUGACAUACCGAUGGUGAGUCAGAAGCCAGACGUACCCAAAGUCAGCUCCAAAGCCAAACGCUUCCUCCUCCUGAAAUCUAAGAGCAAAGAGGAGAAGAGUACGCGCAAGCGUGGACCGAAAACUCUCCUUCGCUAUGACACGGAGCCACGACCGGGGAGGGUCAUCCGGGAGCGCUCCCAAGAGGAGGAUGUGGAGGAGAGUAAGAACUUCUUGAAGUUGAACGUCAAGUACAUCACGGAUGGAGAGGGUGUAGUCAGCGGGACCAUGCUGGUUACUCCUAAUGCUAUCAUGUUUGAUCCUAACGUAUUGGACCCACUCGUCAAGGAGCGAGGUACCAGUCCGUAUGGUGUCAUCACCCAGAUGGACUCGGUAACCGGAGCAGCCAUGUAUCAUGACAUCUCAGCCAUGAGCCUCAAGACAACUUUAGACAGCUCAAAGCCUGACACAUGCCCACAUUGUCCCGUGUACAUCCCAUCAUCAGUUGCCAAGACCACAGACGCAGAAACGUCACCAACAACAGCGAACCCUCCCUCAGCCUCUGAUGAGGAGAAGACCGACCCUGAAAAAGACGUCACAAAUCCAUCUAUGUUAAGAAUGAUCUCACAACAGAGUGAUGGCUUCGUGGUCGUGGAGCAGUCCAAAGAACCCACUUCACCAACUGGCGACAUCGUCCCGUGCUCAAUGAUCCCCGAAGAGCACGAAAAGGAGGUGGGAAGCCUUUGCAAGAGUUCCGCUCCGGAUAGAACGGAAGUUUUUGAGACUCAAGACGAGCUGAAAACGCCUGAUGGUGGUGUCAAUGACAUUACUGUGACUCUGUCGGAUGAUGCGAACAAACUAGACUCAAGCAUUGAAAGCAGUGUUGCCAAGGGUAGUGAUCCCGCAUUGGAUAUUAACGGUGAAACAGGAGACAAGACUCUUGACGAUGAUCCGAAGGAAACUCAGAACGAUGAGCUUUUAGAGAGUCCUGUCGAUGAAGACGUGGAGCUGAAUGUCUAUGAGAGAAUGGAUCCAGGAACGGAGCUUGCAGAUGAGACCACUCACCUCCUGGCCAGCCCGGACGAUAGUGCAGAGUCUGACUCACAGAUGACUCCCACAGACACUAAGGGCUCCCUGCCUGACCUGAUUGAAUCCGCAGAGCAAUCAGUCAAGGAGAAAGAAACUCCCGGGGGAUCCUCUCUCAUCCUCGACCCAUCCUGUAAACCCUCGGCCGAACAUACAAGCUGUCAAUACUGCAGCGCUGACUUGACCACCGAGUUGACCAUGCGUAAUACGGCUAACUCCCACAUUCCGACCAAACCUCAAGAUGAAACCCAAGAUGAAACCCAAGAUGAAACUCAAGAUGGGACGUCUGGUUUCGUCAAUUUCUCGUCUGGGAUUUUCGUGCGAGAAUGCAACCACUGCGCUGCCGUACCGGACAUCACUGAGUCAUUGCAGGAUACAAGUGCUACGGAACAGGAGCUAGAGGCGAUUCAAGCUGAAGGACGUGAGAUAAGGCGGCAUAGCGAUCUCUUAUCGGAGCUACCCGAGGAAUCUCACAUGAACCAUCAUCACUUGGAUAAGAAGGAUAUAUUGUACAGGACACAAUCUCUAGAUGGGACCAGACUCAAAAACACCGAUGUGAACAAGGAGGUCAUACUGGGUUACAACAAGACAAACUUUGAAGAGUACUUACCGAAGCCAGCCCAACGCUAUGAAGACCCACCUUUAUACCUGUGUUUGCGAGUGCGUCUGCCCAUGGUGAAGACGUUUCCAGGGAGCCGGGGUAACGCUGGAAGCAAAGGUUCAUCCAAGAAAGCUAACAAGCCACCAGAGUACUGGUUCGCAAUCCCAAGAGAGAAGGCAGACAACCUUUAUGCCUUCUUCCUUCAGUGGUCUCCAGAUGUUUAUGGCAAGGACGGCAGCUCCGAUGAUGUCGGCUUCGUAGCUGUGGAUGAAGAGUUCGACUCUAGCCUGGAGGUCAUCGAAGACUUUUUUGAAGAGCCAAUCGGAAAGGACUGGGAGAUCAUCACAAAGGAAGAGGCCAAUCGGCGGCGGAUGACCAUCUUAGAAUGCGAGAUGAACCUCCCGUUACCAGAACUAGAAGGAGCUACGAGUAUCCUGCUGGAACCGGAACAUGUCAGAAAGCUCACCAAACAGCUUCCUGCUAGAACUGAAGGGUAUAGCUGGAAGAAUAUCUACAAUACAGCUGAGCAUGGCUACAGCUUACGCAAUCUAUAUCGCAGUAUGACGGGCAUAGAUAGCCCUGUAUUACUGGUUAUCAGGGACUCCUCAGGAAUGAUCUUUGGUGCACUGACUCCGUGCCCAGUUAGGGUCAGUGAGCAUUACUAUGGCACGGGCGAAACGUUUCUUUACAACUUUGUGGACUGGGAGCUGAACGUGUUUCGGUGGACGGGUGAAAACAAUUUCUUCAUCAAGGGCAACUACAAUAGCCUGACACUUGGGGGCGGAGAUGGUGCAUUCGGUCUAUGGCUAGACGGUGAUCUGUAUCGAGGUCGAAGUAGAAGUUGUAAAACCUUCUCCAAUCCGUGUAUAGCUCACGAUGAGGACUUUAUCAUUGCUGAUGUUGAAGCGUGGGGCUUCGGACUCGGUUAAACCCCGACUUCAGGUAUACCCUGAUUUUUUGUACAACUUUGGAUUGCCAUUUCUCGGGCAUGCCGUACUGUGGAAUGAUUGAGACUGAUGUCUCACAAAAGCACUGAAUGGAAUGCUCGAUCAAGAUUGCAAGUGAAAUGCACUUUUUGGCUGAGGUUCAAAUCCAGCCACAGGUUUUAAGAAGACAACCCAUUUGCCUGUGAGAUGAUUGACACUGAUGUCUUACACAAGUUGGAAGAUGACAUUUUUGGUAAUCACAAAAACACUGAAUAGAAUGCUCAAUUGAAAUUGCAAGUGAACAUGCUCAGAAGUGCAUUUGGCUGAGGUUCGAAUCCAGCUGCAGGUUUACAGGAGAACAAUACUGCCCAUGGAAAGAUUGGAAGUGAUUGGAACACAAUAUUUGUGAAACGCACAAUUGAGAUUGCAAAUGAAGUACACCAAGCUGAACAUGAAACAAGAUUACCGGCUGGACAGUGGUUCACAUCCACGCAGGAUUGAGAUGAUUUGUCAGGUGUGGGCUACAAUUAUUGUUUUUCCAGAGGCCGUUGCUACCUACUCCUAGGGCUGAAACAGGGUUACCCCUU